CUGCCAAGUACCUACCGCAAGUCGACGAGUAUCUCCAUUUACAAGACUUGAAACGUAAAUCCAGUCUUCUAACAAACAAGGAUUUUGAGCGCUAACCUGAACCUUGAACAAGGAUUGAGAAAGGAAAGCCUGUAUGGGAAUAUAUCUCAAGACUAAUUAUCAAGUCUUAAGGGAAUCAUCUGGUUAACCGUUGUUUUAGGGCAAAGUUUUAAGAAGGUCUGUCUCUGUGUUGAAGAUGAUUUCAUGAAUCUGUAAAGAAUAAAGUAAUCAAAGGAAGGAUGUUUAAUUGGAAAGAAUUGGUUCAGGUAUUGCUGUUGGUCGUGAUUAAUGGUCAACUGCCUUCAUUUGCUGCAGAUAUCAUCCCUAGCAUCAUUGAAGAACCAUCGGAUCUCACUGUUGCCAAAAAUUCUAAUGCUGAGCUUAAAUGUAGAGCCACAGGAGACCCAACACCCCAGAUUUAUUGGCUUCUCAAUGGCAAACGAUUACCUACAGGUGCAGAUGACAAGGAAGGCCGUAGAUAUGUUAUGCCAAUAGGAGAUCUGACUUUUCUUAGAGUCAUAAGUAAGAGAAAACGUACAGAUGCAGGUCGUUAUCAGUGCGUUGCUGUUAAUAGAGCUGGCAAGGCUAUUAGUAGGAAUGCUACUUUACAAGUAGGAGUUUUAAGAUCACAGUUCAAGACACAACCCAAGGAUAAAACAGUGACAGUAGGAAACGAAGUAACUCUCAAGUGUAACCCACCUAGAGGCAAGCCUCCUCCAGUGGUAUCCUGGUUAAAAGAUGGGAAAAAUGUCACCCCAGAUGGCAGCAGAGUGCGCAUUAUAGAUCCGGGUAGCUUGCGUAUUACGGUAGUUAAAAAAUCAGACCAGGGAGAGUAUAAAUGCCUUGCUACCAAUCCACUAGGACAAAGGAAAAGUGACAUUGCCAGGCUUAUAGUCAAUGAGUUACCUUCAACUGCACUAAGUGUCCAGCCAAAAGAAAAAACUGUAACUGCUGGUCAAGAUGUGGUAUUCCAAUGCAAAUACCGAGAUGGGCCACUGCUUGCAAUACGAUGGCAAAGAAAGGGUGGAACACUACCUUUUGAACGCCAUGAAACCAAACUGAAUGGUGACCUAUUGCUGAAAAAGGUUCAGCCCGACGACGAAGGAGAAUAUGUCUGCAGCGUAACAUCUUCUGGUGGAUUAAGUGCAACAGCAACACUCAAAGUUCAAAAUCCAACAUCUCCUCCUACGAGUGCUUCUCCUUCAGCCAAACCAGUCAUCACCCAGAAACCAUCCGAUGUCAUCAUCAAAGAAGGCAACGAUGCCAGUUUCUCUUGUGUGGCGUCAGGUAAACCACAACCAAUAGUCUUCUGGGAGAAAAAAGGCCAAGGAAAACCAAUGUUCCCAGUUCAACGGUAUGGAAGGUUCCUUGUUGACGGAUCAGGGAGGCUGACUAUCACUGAUGUAAAGAAGGAAGAUGCAGGAGAAUACCUGUGUUCUGCCUUAAGUCCUGCUGGACUGGGAGCAAGCAGUGCAAGCGCUAGACUUAAUGUUGUUGGCAAAACGGACACCCAACCAGCAAUCCUAACACCACCAUCAAACCAAACCAUUCAAGAGUUUGAAGACGUUCACUUUUCAUGUGCAUUUAGUGGUAAUCCCAGACCAACGAUACAUUGGUUUAGAGACAGCUUGUCCAACCCAUUAAAGAACACCUCCACUAUACAUAUCACUUCAUCUGGUUCAUGGUCUCGGCUGACUAUAAGGCGUGGUCAUAUAGGUCAUAAGGGUGUAUACACUUGUGCAGCUAAUAACACUCUAGGCACUGUUUCUGGCAAAGCAUACCUUUCUGUUAUCACUGUAACCACAACUUGGUCACCUGUUAUCACCAUCCCAACCACAACACAACCUACAACUUCACAAGUCACAGAUCUCAAAUCUCCAUCUGAUCUGUUCCCCAUCAACAUUACCUCCAAUGGCGUCCUUCUCUUAUGGUCAUCAGUCAAACCAGGACGACAUCCUGUAACUUACAUAGUGGAAUACAAGAAGGCAAGUCAAUCGCCCUCCAAGCCCUGGAAAAUGGCUGGAAAGUCAGUCACAGUCAAUCGAUUCUUUGUUACUGGUCUUGAAGCUGAAACAAGGUACAUCUUUUCAGUAAGGUCAAAAACAAAGAUGCACUCGAGUGAAAGGAAUUUCGUAGAAGUGAGAACAYGCCAAAAGAAGAAAGUAGUUCCACCAGUUGUCAAAGUUGUCCCAGUGGCAACUAAAAAACCUUUUCCUGUCCACACUGCCAAGGUGUUGGUUAAUGUUGUUCCUGUCAGCUGGAAUAAACUGAAUAUAACAUGGAGGAAGUGGUUCUGCUUGGCGGACGUACGCCCAGUGCAAAGGAUGAAGGCGUCAAGGUCGUCCAAGCCAACACGGCUGGAGCUGACUCGUGGUCUAGUGUCAGGACGUUUGUGCGCAAGCCAUGGUUUAUUGCCAUCAUGGGUGGAAUCCUGUGGAUCCUUCUGCUUGUUGUGGUUCUGUUGUUAUACAGGAGAAGACGACGAAAAAGGAGACAACUGAAGCAGAAGAGACUGAAACUGCAAAUAGCCGAAAUACAAAGGACUCCAACAAGCCCCCAAGGUCAUAAGACCCUCUGGAUGGAUGACGUACCACAUACCAAUGAGGUUUCCCAACAGCCAGCCAAUAAUCGCAUUAGUGACACCUCUUCUACUGAAUGUAUCAACCGAUCUGUCACCAGCUGUUGUGCUCGACGAGGUGUUAUGUCCACCAACACUGUGGACUUUCCUAAUAAAAUAACCAUCAACUCAUUAGCAGGUUCUCGUCUGGGUGACCCUAACCAGUUUGGCGGUUCCUUAGACUCUAAACAUUCUGACGGUAAAACAAACAACGUACAUCAACAGCAACAACAAUCAAUAAACCAGUACAGGGAACAUGUGAACAAGUCAACCAAGUUUGAUGAGUUUGGUGAAAUAGCCUCGAUGGGAUCACGCAGUGGAUCAGAAGAUACUCUACCCAGAGCCAUGCCUCAACAGACAUCAUUCCUUACCCCAACACAACAGUUUAUUAACAGAAAGAAAGUUAACACUCGUCCAGACAGUCCAUCGUCUCAAUCCAAAGACCCUAACCAGACACCAGACGACUCGGUCAAUAGCGACAAAACCAGACCUAAGCUCAAGAUCCAAUCAUUUGACAUGACAGGUAAUGGAACACCUCCUGCCGCUUCUACUUUCCAUACUGACCCGCCUCCAACGUACGAAGCUGUGCUGGAAGAAACACAACGAGAAAUGACCUUGGGAGACAACAAGGACGAAGAACCGUCCAAGAGUAAAGAGGAGCUGAGAGAGAAGCUACAAGCACCGCCAUUCAGUGAUAGACCAGCGCCGCGACAACCAAGUCCGCCUCUUAGUGAAAGAAGCUGCAAAACGACGUCUAGUUGUGGAAGCCGUAGAAAGAAAGUUCUUAAGCCGCCUCCAAGGUUAGCUAUCCUUAACUGGGCCGAUCUUCUUCCUCCGCCACCAUCACACCCACCUCCAAGCAGCCUAGGGUCGCCGCCUCCGUCUCCACCAUUUAGUCUUCGGUCUGGUAUGAGCGGGAUGAGUGGCAUGACUGGGAUGAGUGGUAUGACAGGUUUAACUGGAAUGACUGGUAUGACUGGACGAACUGGUAUAAGUAGUGGGAAUGGACUAAGCGAUGAUAUACCCGAAAAAAUACGAAAGAAGCCUGGGCCUCCAUCCUCAGCUGUGUCCGAAUCUGUAGCAUCUACAGAUCCUAAGGUACCUGGAUCUUCGCGAAGUAGAUCCAGUAAACCCAAGAAACCUAAGACUCCUAAGGCUGUACCUAUUGAUCUUGAGGGCAUUACUAGUGAUAUUAUAAUGCAGUGGGCAGACUCAGUCACCAACACUAGUGGCUCCGACGAAGACUCAUCUUGUUCCAGCCCAAGUAGAGUCAGUAGCACUGGCUCUUUCUUCACAGAUACAGACUUUGCUAACGCUGUACGUGCCGCUGCUGAGUGCGGUGGCUUUAACUUGGAGACCUAUGGAUUGAUGGACUCACUCGGGUAUCCUCCGCCAUAUUCAGGAAGCUGGAAGCGUAGCAAUUCCGUUUCUAAUGGCAGUGAUCCCUGUGGUCCAACAAUCAACCCGCAGCGUCCUCGUAAUGGCAACAGGAAUAAAUGGGAAACAGGAAGUGAAGGAGAUCUCGAAUUUACUCCACCCGUAAGAGUACGCCCUCGGUAUACACGAAGGGUGUUACCCAACGAGGCUGGAAGCACCGGUAGUACCCCUCCUGUUGGCGCCAGUAAGAUGGCUACAGACAUGGGGAUACCCAACGUUGCUAGACGUAGUCCCGUACCGAUCGUUCCUUCUCAACCUCGAAGACCCAUCCCAAGGGCAGCGAGAAAUUUAUCCAAUUCUCCGAUACCACCCGGGCAAAUCGUAGUCCAACCUCUGAAGAAAACCUCGGCUAUCGGCUCUGAUUCCUUGGACAUAACCCCUGUAACUAAGAAGUAUGCUGUGGUGAAGAAGAUUCCACAGAGUAAAGAUGCUCAUUCAGGUUAUAACAGCGCUAGCAUGAGUUCUAGUAAGUCGAGUACGAGUGGUACCAGUGCGAGUACAGCUAGUACGGUCAAGACCAGCACCAUGGGGGAUUCAGAUGGGGAUUCUGCAGCAUAAACUACAAACGACGUUCCAUGAAUCAUGUAGGAUCAAGUCAUCAUUCAGUAGGGCAUUCUAGAAACCCACAACCGAGUUAAAAGAAAAAGGCAUGAAAAAAAAAAAAAAAAAAGGACACUGUCAAUAUACCAGUCAUAACAAGAAUUGCAGCGCAUUCGCAAAGUACCCCUAUUGCAAUAAUGCCCGUAGUGUAUCUACGAAAAGAGACAUUUACAGAAAUAUAUAGAUAUAUGAAAUUGGGUCAAGAUGUGGGCAUACGUCGAGUGCUCACAGGAACAGUUGGACAUUGGAAAUUACGUUUGACUUGUUAGGGUUAAGUCAUAUUUUGAGAUCGUGUUUGAGAUUACACAAUAUAGAUAUCGAGACUAGGCGAACUUCUUUUUCCCCAUGACAUACAUUCCUCUGGUGUAAGAUGCUAAACUACACAACCCGGAAUUUUAAUUUCUUAUCGCUAGCUAAGUUAUCAAACCUUGAACUAUCGAAACUGAUUCGUCCAAUCGGAAUCCGCCAUUUUCUAAAAACCCAAUUAAGUGCGCUUGAUGGGUUCCUUUUAUAGAAUUGAAAAAUUCAGUACGAUAGUUGUGGUUUGUCUUAGGAAAUGAUUUCAGGAUUGAUACCAUAUGAGGUGUUGUAUCAUCCAGAAUCUAUUUUCAUAUAAAGCCAUUCAAGUGCACUAGACAUGUUC